CAGCCUAUUUGGAUUCUUCUUUUUCUUUUUUUGGAGGACAAGAAAACCCUCACACUUUUCCCCAAUGUUUGGGUUUCCAUUAAAGUCCAAACCGGGCCCAAAAAUAACCCGGGAAGAAGAAGCCCCCCUUCUUCUUCUCUUUUAAUUCCAAAAGCUCAGAUUCGCCGACUCUGUCUGAAAUUCUCUGAAACCCUCAAACCGACCUCACCAAAAUUAGAGAGCUUAGAUCAAUCUUCACCGACGACCAACGAGUCCAUGAGACGAAAAUGCUGGCUAAUACAACCCUAUUCUUCCCGCGCACGUUAGCCCCAACCCAGAUUCGAUCGCCAUGUCAAGAUUAUUGACGUUGAGGAGUUUUAGCAGAGUUGUGAAUUCUGUUGUGAAGAGCCAGAAACAGGGCUACACUGAAGCGGUCAAGUAUGGAACAGUUGUUAGAAUUGGCCUGCGGCUUCCCCAAUGCAGGUACUACAGGGAGUAUACCUUUCCUAAUAGAGGAGAGGCCCGAUUCUCAUUGUACAAUACCACAAAGAGCUUUUGUCAGAGUAGUUAUUCCAGGAAUUUUUCUACCAUCCCAGCGGCAAGGAGUGCCGUGAGACACAAUGCACAAAUUAUAUGGAAAAGGCUCUCCAAAAAGUUUUAUUCCAAUGGUGGUUAUAGAUUUUCGCCAAUAGAUAGGAUUGCUCAAGCAUUCAGCUUGGGAAUAACUCGCUAUGGGUUGUUGUUUCCGGGCGUUUUUGCUGCCUCAAGUGGGAAGCUAGCAUGGGCACAGAGGACUUUGGCAGAGAAGGACCACUAUGCACCACCGCUGCCACAGACUACCUUGUACACUCGUGCAGAAAAUGGACAUGCUUUAGUGAGCUCAUUAGUAUUUUCAGUUGUAGAAGGUAUAAUCUUGUUGCUGAGAGCAAUCUAUCUAGGGAUCUUGUUCUCACCAAGCAUAAUGAUGGCUCCUUUUGCUGAUUCCUGUGGACCUCAGUUUAGGAGAUUGUGGCUUCGUGUUGUUCUUCGUACAUUGGAAAGAGCAGGUCCUGCUUUCAUCAAAUGGGGUCAAUGGGCAGCCACUCGUCCUGAUCUCUUCCCCAGAGAUGUAUGCACCAAACUUUCCGAGCUUCAUACCAAAGCUCCUGAACAUAGCUUUGCCUACACGAAGAAGACAAUUGAAAAAUCAUUUGGCCGCAGGCUGCCCGAAAUUUUUGAAAACUUUGAAGAGACACCAGUAGCAUCUGGGAGUAUUGCUCAAGUGCAUCGGGCUACUUUGAAAUUUCGAUACCCUGGUCAACGGGUGAAGCCCAUAGUAGUUGCAGUUAAGGUUAGACAUCCUGGUGUUGGUGAAUCAAUUAGGAGAGAUUUUGUAAUAAUCAAUUUAGUAGCAAAAAUGUCAAAGUUCAUUCCUACUUUAAAGUGGUGGAGAUUGGAUGAAAGUGUACAACAGUUUUCAGUUUUUAUGAUGUCUCAAGUUGACCUUGCAAGGGAAGCUGCCAAUUUGAGCCGCUUUACUUAUAAUUUUCGUAGAUGGAAGGACGUCUCUUUCCCAAAGCCUUUGUAUCCACUUGUGCAUCCUGCUGUUUUAGUGGAAACAUAUGAGCAAGGGGAAUGCGUCUCACAUUAUGUUGAUGAUCUUCAAGGGCACGAACGGAUUAAAUCUGCACUUGCUCACAUUGGAACGCAUGCACUUCUGAAGAUGCUCCUGGUGGACAACUUUAUACAUGCAGACAUGCAUCCUGGGAACAUACUUGUUCGGGUGGCUCAGAACAAGCCUUCUAGGAAGCGACUGUUUAAAUCAAAGCCUCAUGUCAUUUUCCUUGAUGUAGGCAUGACUGCUGAACUCUCUAGAAGUGACAGAGUGAAUUUACUUGAAUUUUUCAAGGCUGUUGCACGUCGUGAUGGGCGCACUGCUGCUGAGUGCACACUAAGACUCUCUAAGCAACAGAAUUGCCCAAAUCCAAAGGCUUUCAUUGAGGAAGUGGAGGAGUCAUUCACUUUCUGGGGUACUCCAGAAGGUGAUCUGGUUCAUCCUGCUGAUUGCAUGCAGCAGUUACUGGAGAAAGUUAGGCGGCAUAGAGUCAAUGUUGAUGGCAAUGUUUGUACUGUCAUGGUGACAACAUUGGUUCUUGAGGGAUGGCAGAGGAAACUUGAUCCAGCAUACAAUGUGAUGCAUACCUUGCAAACUCUGCUUCUCAAGGCCGACUGGGCAAAGUCCCUUUCAUACACAAUCGAGGGGCUAAUGGCUCCUUAAGUUCGUCCAUGCUCCUAGUAUUGUUUAGUACAAUUUUGACACUUCUAAAAACCAAAACAGUCUGAGAAACGGACACGAUUGUCUUAGGGCUUAUAUUGUUUGUUAAUUUAUUUUUUCCUUUUUUUCCGAAAGUCAUUAUUAUGUUUUUCUUCGACGAUA